AUGUGCUCCAGCCGCAAGAUCCUGUGGAGCCUGCUCCUGCUGUCCUUGGUGGAGGUGGGCCUGGGUGUGGCGAGCAUCGUCCUGGGAGCCGUGGGCAUUAGCUGGGUCCGGGGCGAGCACAAGCCGCAGCAGGGCGACGCGUCCCCGGUCUGGAGCGGACUCUGUUUUCUGGUCUGUGGGAUGUGUGGAGUGCUUUGUGCUCGAAAGAGAACAGGUCUUAUUAUGAUCCUGUUUUCAGCGUGCUGUAUCUGUGGUCUGAUUGGUGGGAUCCUCAACUUCCAGUUUGUUCGGGCGCUGAACAAGCGACCGGACUCGAUGCACUCGAUCCACCUGGCUGCCAUGACUCUGGCCUGUCUGGGGAUCUCAUCAUGUACCUUAUCCACGUGGCUAACCUGCCGCCUGGCCAGCUCAGAGCAGCAGAGGAUGUUCCUGGAGAGGGAACACUCGCUGCACCACUCACACGAGAUGACCGAGAAGGAGAUCCUGGACAACUCCAGUAAUGGCAUUCCUCAGAUCUCCUACAACGGACACACUGCGGCAUCACCAUGAUGACGCAUCACCGAAGGCAAAUUGCACGCACCGAAACAGAAACAGUGGCAUCCAGUCGGUUGCUGUCAACAGACAAAUGUAGCAUGUACUUUCUU